ACACAUAACACUUCCUCUCUAAUCCUCUUCUCCUCCUCUUCUCGGUCCAAUCGCAUAGCCUCUGUCUCUGUCUCUCUCUCUCUCUCUCUCUCUCUCUCUCUGCUUCUUGUACGAUUCUCACUUCUUUCUGUAGAACCUUAAUAUCUGAGUGUUGUUGUUUUGCUUUCAUUUUUCUCUACUACUACUACUCUGGUUUUCGCUCUCGUUGAUUCGCUGAAUCGCCACUUGCAUAGCUCCAUCCGUUGAUAGUGGUAGAAAUUGAGGAUCCCUUUAAGCUAAUUUUCAUUUUCUUAAUCCAAUGGUUGAGUUUUAGUUCACUCCAAAUUCUUUUCAUAAUCAACUAGCUUCUUCUAUUCCUUUUUCUCAGAGGUUGGUACCUCAGGUUAUUGGGGGAGUUUUUGUCGUCCAAAGCUUCUAGGGUUCGGUUUUUUCCGGUUGGGUUUUACUUUACCAUUAUGGGUCUGGGUUUUUCCAAAAUUGCCUGAUUUUGUGCUGCUUGGCUCAUGGGGUAGUUUUGUCAUUUCAUUGUAUUGUUGCUGGAAGGCCUUCUCCCUUUUUUAUCCCCUUCAGGAAAAAUAAACCUGAAUUGAAUUGCUCUCUAUGAAAAGUACUUUUUCAAUAGAAAUUUCGUGGUGAUAAUUCUCUGAGAGAGUGAUGAAGUCCCAUUAAACUUAUUGAUUGGUUCAUUGAUUAGUGAAAUUGGUUUUGACUCAAAAGUGUUUGGUGACUUGAAUUUUAUAUUGUACAGAGAGAAACAUAUACAAGCACAACUCUAAUUGCAGUGUGUAGAGCAGUUUUAAGGAUUGGGAUUUGCAAAUUUUGGUUGAUGAAAUAGUUAGGUGAAAAUAAAAGUUAAUUGAUGUGAAAUUGGACACAUUGGUUUUUAGAAAUUUUGGUUCGACACAAAGUCGUGAUUGGAUACUUCAAUUGAGACUGAUUAAAGGGAGGAUUCAAGAUGAGGAAAGUGAAUUGAAGUCAGAUUCGGUUGGUUUUGUGCAUAAACGAUAGUACAAUACCUCUUUUGUGGGUGGAUUGAGGAGCUUAACACAAACAACAGAUUGUUUUUUUUCCCCUUUUUUGUUUUGGGUUCUUUCAUACGAUCAUGUUUGGUUACUGUCAUGGAUAGGAGUAAGCCUGCUUUAGUGCCAGAAUGGUUGAAAAGUGGCGGAAGUGUCCAUACUGGUGGCAGAGCAAAGCACGUAUCUGCAUCAGCAUCAUUGCACGCCGGUGGUAAUCAUGAUGAUCAUCCUGUACCAAAGCAUGCUGGGACCAAGUCAUCUGUAAGCACUGGUGAUCGCAAUGCACGCCAAUUAUCAGUUCUGGAAGGGACCACUUCUGCCUAUUUUCGCCGGAGUUCUAAUAGCAAUGGUUAUGCUCAAUUGCGUUCUACAAAUAGCUUUAGUAGAAGUCACCGUGAUAGGGAUUUGGAAGAUGAAAAUGAUUACCAAGAGAAGGAAAAGUUGGUCUUAGGUGAACAUAGGCACUAUCAUAAUUCUGAUCCUCUGGAUAACAUUUUGCCAAGUAAAUUUGAAAAAGAUAAAUUACGCAGUUCUCGGUCUAUGAUUACAAGAAAACAGGAUGAAACUUGGUCCAAGAAAGUAGCUGGUGAUUUAACUAACAAAAAUAAACAGAGCAACGGUAAUGAGAAUGGUCUGCUUGCUAGGGUUGGUGUUGGUCCUCUGCAUGAUACUGCAUUUGAACAGGAUUUUCCCUCAUUGGGAGCUGAAGAAAGACAAGGUGGUAUAGGAAGGGUUUCUUCUCCUGGCUUAAAUAUGAUUACUCAAACUAGCACUUCAACUGUGGUUGGCAGUGAGAACUGGAAGUCAGCUCUAGCAGAGGUGCCAAUUGUUGUGGGAAGCAGUAGUAUGGUUGUUACAUCAGCUCAGCAAGCCAUUCCUGCAACCUCAGCUACUGUGGUGCCAAACAUUACGACAGGACUCAAUAUGGCUGAAGCAUUAGCACAAGGCUCUCCUCGUGUUCGUACACCUCCCCAGCCAACUGCUGGAAUACAACGGUUUGAAGAGCUCACUAUUAGGCAGUCAAAAUUGAUUCCCAUGACUCCUUCCACAGCUAAAACACUGGUGGUCAGUCCUGCAGAGAAAUCAAAACCCAAGAUUGGUUUGCAGCAACAUUCUUUACAUUUUGUUAAUCAAACUCGUGGUCGAGCAAGACCUGAUAGUACAAAAACAUCUAAUGAAGGCAGGCUUCAAGUUCUCAAACCAUCACGAGAAUUGAAUGGCAUCUCUUCACCUGCUAAAGAUAGCAUGAGUCCUACAAAUGGAAGCAAGCUGGUGAAUAGCUCUCUUGGAAUCACUCCAUUGGCUGCUGGAUCUGUUCACUUGAAAUGCUUGGGCAGUCCAAACCAUUCCAACGCUGGGUGCCAUCCUUCUGUUUUGCGGCCAACCAUAGAGAAGAGACCAGCAUUUCAAGUGCAGAGCAGGAAUGAUUUUUUUAACCAUCUAAAGAAGAAGUCCUCCACAAACUCCACACCUGUGGUAUCGGAUCCUAGUCCUAUUUCAUUGUCAUCCAUCUCAGAGAAGUCUAGUGAAUCAGUUGCAGAAGGUACUACUGCUUCAGUUAGUGAGCGUGAUGGAAAUUCUUCUUCAUCAGAAAUAUCUGUUAUUAGCUUGUCCAGUGAUGAUAGAGGUAAAAUAAUCCACAAUGGAGACACUUACAGUGGGACUCAUCAAUUUGACAAUGGAGAGGACUCAAACUCUGAUGUAACUCCCAACCCAGAUGAGGAAGAGGCUGCCUUUUUACGAUCACUUGGUUGGGAUGAAAAUGCUGGAGAAGAUGAAGGCCUUACGGAGGAAGAGAUCAGGGCUUUCUAUGAGGAGUACAUGAGAGUAAGGCCUUCAUCGCAAAUUCUCCACAAAGUGCGACCAAGAAUAGCACGUGACUCUCAGAAUAAUAGCUGUGGAGUUGCUUCAUCUGCAGUGAGUUUGUCUGAAUCAGAGUUAGAUUCUUGAUUUGCUAGAUGUCUGAAACUGACUUGGGAGUUUGAACUGAUUGCUGUUAGUGGCUUCUUUUGUUCUCUCUUUCUUUUCUUCGGCUGAUAUCGAUAUAAAAAACUGACCUUAUGGGAGGUAUAGGAUGAAUAAUGUCUGAUCUUGUUGGAAAAUGAAUUAUGAUUGAUCCAGUCUGAAGAUAAAUGAUGAGGUUGGCUUGCUUUUUCAGUGUAGAAAUUUCUGAGAUGUAAAGGUUGACAGAAGAGGUAGGAAUAGUUUUUAUUUACGCUGUAAUGUAGGAUGCUACUGGGGAAGAUAGGGUAUAAGUGAAGAGAAGAAUUCAAGAAUAGAUUUCUUUUGUCAAUUGAAGAAGGAAAGGAAGCAAGAAAUUUAAAUCUUAUUGGUUUU